GGCCAGAGCUCCCCAAGGUCUUUGUUUCUUCUCCCCCAGCCAAAGGAGCCGCGGUGCGGGCCCUGCUCUUCGACAUCUCCUUCCUCAUGCUGUGCCAUGUGGCCCAGACCUACGGCUCGGAGGUGAUCCUGUCGGAGUCGAGCCCGGCGGGCGAGGUGCCGUUCUUCGAGACCUGGAUGCUGACCUGCAUGCCCGAGGAGGGGAAGAUCCUCAACCCCGACCACCCCUGCUUCCGCCCCGACUCCACCUUGGUGGAAUCGCUGGUCGCUCUCCUCAACAACUCUUCUGAGAUGAAAUUAGUGCAGAUGAAGUGGCACGAGGCGUGUCUGAGCAUCUCAGCUGCCAUCCUGGAGAUCCUCAACGCCUGGGAGAAUGGUGUCCUCACCUUCGAGUCCAUCCAGAAAAUCACGGACAACAUCAAGGGGAAGGUGUGCAGCAUGGCGGUGUGCGCGGUGGCCUGGCUGGUGGCCCACGUCCGCAUGCUGGGCUUGGACGAGCGCGAGAAGUCCCUGCAGAUGAUCCGGCAGCUGGCCACCCCCCUGUACGGCGACAACACGCUGCAGUUCUACAACGAGCGCGUGGUGAUCAUGAGCUCCAUCCUGGAGCACAUGUGUGCGGACGUCCUGCAGCAGACGGCCACGCAGAUCAAGUUCCCCUCCACAGGCAUGGACACCAUCCCCUACUGGAACCUGCUGCCCCCCAAAAAGCCCAUCAAGGAGGUGCUGACGGGCGUCUUCACCAAGGUGCUGGAGAAGGGCUGGGUGGACAGCCGCUCCAUCCACAUCUUCGACACCUUGCUGGACAUGGGCGGCGUCUACUGGUUCUGCAACAACCUGGUCAAGGAGCUGCUGAAGGAGACGCGGAAGGAGCACACGCUGCGGGCCGUGGAGCUGCUCUACGCCAUCUUCUGCCUGGACAUGCAGCAGCUGACGCUGACCCUGCUGGGCCACAUCCUGCCCAACCUGCUGACUGACUCCUCCAAGUGGCACACGCUCAUGGACCCCCCAGGAAAGGCCCUGGCCAAGCUGUCCGUCUGGUGUGCCCUGAGCUCCUGCUCCUCCCACCACAAGGGCCAGGCGUCCGCCAGGCAGAAGAAGAGGCACCGGGAGGAUAUUGAGGAUUACAUCAGCCUGUUCCCGCUGGACGACACGCAGCCCUCCAAGCUCAUGCGCCUGCUGAGCUCCAACGAGGAGGACGCCAGCAUCCUCUCCAGCCCCA